GAAGAAAUGUCACCCCCAAAACCAAAACCCGACAAAUCUCCAUCACCACGGCCAAAGACCCCCAAGAUCACGCCCACAAACUCCAAGAAUGGCGCGCCGACAAUUUCACCGACCAAAUCGGCCACGGCGCUGGGAGCCACCACUCCCAAGAGUCUGAAGAAGCCCGAGCCGAGUCUUCUGGGUGAUUUCCUACUCGGCCGACCAUCACCGCAGCGCGUAGCCGCACAGCGCUCAGCCUCGAAGCGACGAAAGACCAUGUCCAUGGAUGCCCAGAAUGUUCGAGAGGAGCUACGCCAAGAGAUGCGCGCCGCAGCUGUACGGAAGCUACAACAACCUGGUGGCGUUCGCGAUCGUGUCAAGGCAUGGCAAAAGGCGUCGCAGGCGGCAGUCAAGGCAGAGGGCCUUCCUAUUCCGGUCGCAGAAGAUGCGCGAAGCGAACCGACCGAAUUCGCUGUCAACUUGAGCGGCGAUGACGUGGACGAGGAGGACAGAAUGAGGAUCAAGUGGCGGCAGAAGCCCCCCAAGAAGAAGAAGCCAAAAAUCGAGACGGUGGAACCCAAGGGUACGAGUGGGAGCGAUAGCACUGCCAAGGAAAAGAUAAAAGUGCUAGGGAAAUUGGCCGACGACAAGCCCGAUGUCAUUAUCAAGGAAGCGCGACCAAGGCCCGAAGAUUGGGCUCAGAGGGUAGAGCUCCCGCCGCCCCCACCACCUGUUGCCCGGCGCCCGACGGUCAAGACAUAUCGCCAUGCCAAAACCGGUGAGACGGUCACGGUUGAGGAAGAGGAGGAUGACGAUCAUCACCGCGGGGCACUGUCGGAACCAGAUAUGCCUCGUAGGAAGCGUUCAUCGUCUGGUGAAAGUAGGAGAUCAAACUCAAACCCAAGGACGCAACAGUGUCCACCCAAUGAUGGAAUUAGGGUGCGUUCCUUACAGAAACGGGGCUCCAAAGAUGAUGGAAUUAGGAUCUGCCCAGCAAAGCCCGCCCGCUCACUGCCAGACGAUGGCAUUAAAGUUCGCCCGGGUCCUCCUGUCUCUGCCGACAGCAGCAGCAGAGGAGCUUCACCUCCUCCAAGAAGAACCUCAACGCCGCCGCGAAGAGCUUCGACCCCGCUUAGAAAAGCAUCGACUCCCAAGCCAAGAGCGCGUAGUGAUCACUCGGCUGCUUCUGACGAUGUGAUAGAAGUCAUCGUUGAACCUGAAAGCGAAGUCCCUCCACCUCCGAAGAGGAAGCUGCCAAGAAGAAGGGGUUCCCGUGGCGGUGCGCGAAGAAAACCGAAGCGAAGAAGUCCUAGCCCACCAACCACAGCCACGCAAACAGAAACUACAACGGAUGACAGGCGACCGGGCGCUGACAAACCAAUGCCAACUCCUAGGAAUGGUGGAUCAUCCGGAGAGGAUUCUGACCGGCGCCCUCCAACUGCCGCUGGCAUUGAUGAUUUAGCAGAGAUUCCAUUCGGCUUUUCGGCGUUUAGCGAACUGGAACUCCCGUUGAGGGGUAAUACCCAGAGAACACAUGCCCGCCAAAGUGCGAAACCUAAGCCGAAACCUCAGAGAAAUGAAAGCCUCAAACUAGUACCGAAUGUCCUAAAAAAGGUUAUGACCGGCGCCAUGGAGAAGAUGCAGGAGAUGGCGGAACCGCCGAGGCCUCCCCCUACAGGGAACAAGCCCGCUAGAAUCGAAUCUUGGUUGAACAACACGGUUGACCCCUUCGUAGAGGGUAUGCCGAACUUACCACCAGUUGUUGCCCCCGAACCCCUACGAGUCUCGACCCCUGAGCGCAAUUCCAAGGAGAAGUUGGUCGACAGAGAUCUACCAGCUCAUAGGGAACGGGCCCCCGAGCGCAACUCGAAGGAGAAGCUGGUCGAUAGAGAUGUGUCGACCCACAAGGCACGGACUCACGAGAUUUCCAAGCGCGCUUCGGCAGAGCUGCCGCGCAGGAAAGAGAGACCUCAGACUCCGGUAACCCAUGAAGAGCUACGGAAGACUUCAACACGAUCGGAUGAUAGCGAAGUGACUCCCAAGAGGAGAAAGAGUCCUACAACUACCCCUGAUUCGGCGGCGGGGCUGAAACGACACUCGACUCCUCGGAGCCCAACAUUACCGCGAAGGAGCAGUGGUUCCGUAAAGAAGCCCUUUCGGGAUGUGUUGAAGGAGGCCUUCAAGGGCGAAUCCAGUGCGCACAAAAUAGCACCUAUGGUAUAUCCCAGCUGCGAGACGGACGUUGAAUCUGAACCAGAAACCGAGGAUGACUUGGAGUCCAGGAGAAGCCCACCGCAGCAGCGCUCUCCUGACUCAUACAAGAGAAGAUCAGCAUCUCCUGAUCGCCCUUCCAGAGCCGAUUCCUAUUCCUCGUCAGAACCUAGCACACGGGGGCCCUCGCGCAGAAGACGACCAACGAGUGACUUGCAUGAUCUAUCCACCAUACUAUCUGAGGACUCCCGCGAAUAUCAGGAACCAUAUGGCAAGAAGGAUACGGAUAGCGUCUCCACUGUUUCCCAAUCCACCGUAACCCAGGCUCCCGAAGAGGCGUUCGGCCAGCCGACACCCCUCACCAGAGAAGCGAGUCAACAGUCACAAACCUCUCAAAUAUCCCGCAAGUCUGGCAGCUUGAAGCGCCGACUUACUACUAAGCACUCUGAUUUGGUAUCAGUGCUCUCACUUCCUGACGAUGGCCAGCUGGUCCCACCCAGCCGCUCAAGGAGCAUCAAGGCCUCGCGCAGUCUUCACAGAAAGCCUAGCAAGGCUACCGACAGUAGGGUCAAUGAUCUGCUAGAGGAGUUUGCCGAUGAUGAGCACUUCUAUCAUCGAGAACUCAAGACCUUGGUCGACGGUGUCGUCCCCGUGCUCUUGAACGAGUUUGUCCAUGGAGACAAUGUGGACGAUGCCGAUCGCAAAACAGACAGCAUGGCCAAGGCUGUGGUGAAUAUGGGUGUCGCUCUCGAGAAGUUGUGGACUUACCACAAGCGCGCGCCCCUGCAUGAUAUUCGGAGGCUUCUUGAAUGGCUCGAAGCCGUCUCGCCGGUUUAUAACAACUACCUUGACGUAUGGCGAUUGGGAUUCCAGGAUCUCAUUGUCAACCUCGCACCGCCGAGCGGGAAGAUCGACGAGAAUGACUCCCUCCUGAAUGCGCUACCUCGCAAUGAGGAUGGUGAUGUGCUCAGCUACAACGGUGAGCGGGUGGAUGUUGCGUACUUGUUGAAGCGGCCCCUGAUCCGAAUAAAGUGGAUGUACAAGUUUCUCCGAGCGGCUGUUAUGGUGAUCAAGACUCCGGAAACUGAGGACUUGCUCAAAUUGUACGGCAACCUCCAGGAGAAGGCUCGAACACGGCAUCGUGAGGAGUUCGCUCGCAUAACCGAUGAGGACGCCAACAACACCGACACAACACGCGCCAGAGACCUUCGCAACCUACGACCACUGGACAACGUUCGGAUCGAUCCGAGCAGGCAAGUGGCAGCUAAAGACUCGUUUGAAAUGGACCUUGAACACUCGAGCGGCCAACGACUUGAGUGCCAAAUCGAACUCAUGCACAGAGACAGGGUCAACGUGCCUUCUGACAUGGGGGAUAUCCUCAUCCGUGACAUCAGCAACAAGGCUAAGCCGUGGCUGCUUUUCCCACCUGUUCCAAGGCAGUACAUCUCGGCAAGAAAAGGCGAGAGUCCCAGGAGCAUGAUUGUCAUGAUCCGCGGUAGACAUAACGGCGACGAGUGGUAUGAGCUGAUCAAGCUGUCCACUACCGAAGAGGUCCAGAUUACGGACUGGCUGGGGAUUUUGGGUAGCGACCCCAUGCCUCCCCUCUCACGACCUAAGCCGCCGAUGAGCAUGAGCCUUAUUCACGUCAGCUCACCAAAAGCGGACGACCUCGACGUCCCGAUUGGUGAACCUAGCGUUAUUGGCUCGUAUGAUGAUGAAGUCAGGACGCCUAGCCGAUACCACAAGCGACAAGCCAGCGCUCCGGUCACCUCCUACCCGGCUCCCAACAAACACAUUCCGUACAGCGAAUCUGUGGAUAUCUUCAGAUCUCAGCCAAUUACCCCAGCCUACGGAAUCGAAUCUGUGCCUAUUCCUCGGCCCCUCAACAUCAAGGGUUCAGCUGCCGUUCAACCUCCGGUGGAGCUUGGUCCUACGACCCGGGUGAAGAGGCGCACAUCCUCUCCUCUCAAGCACGAAUAUCACCCAUCUGACAUUGACUCUGAGACUGAAGAAUCCGCCCGCAGUGACUCGGAGUCGUCAUCAUCCUCCAGUGACGAGUUGGACGAAGAUGAUGUUCCGGAUACGAUCCCGGGUUAUAGCCUCAAGCAACCCUUGCCCCAGAUCGUUGAAGAAUCCGUUGUCUCAGAAAACACCAUAGCGCCAUCACAAUCAGCUUCUCAGGUUGGAGCACCUCAGCCAGGGCAGCAGACCCCGCAAGAGAGGACUGUGCAGCGGUUUGUUGCAUCAGUCUCGUACUGGUCCAACAGAAAGGGUAUCUGGAGGGAGAUCAACACUGAACCCUCGCGCAUCCUGGUCUUCCCCGGAAGUAUGGAGGUACACAUGCUCCAGGAAACCCCAGGGAACAAACAGGCGUACCCUCUGCAGACCUCUGGCACGUCCGAGGUCGAUAUGGCGAACAGAGAGGCUGGAGGCAUUGUCCCUCUUAUCUGCCUCAUCCUCACCCCAGUGGUCAUGAUUCGCCGUAGUACGGCGCUUGACCUCGAGGUCCGCAGCCGCGUAUCUCCCGAGUCUCGCCUGAGCAGCAUCGAUAGCGGCAUGUUCCGCUUCCGCGCCGCGAGCCAGGAUGAAGCGAAGGCCCUUUACGAGGCGGUGCACCAAAGCCGGCUGAACAAUGCUAGGUACAUUCAGCUUGCCGAGGAGGCACGUGUCCGUUCUUUUGGGCAACAAAUACAGAACGAUUCUGGCGCCGGUAGCGCCGACGGCACUGAAACCUCCAGCCGUCGGAAGAGCAUCUUUGGCCGCAAGAACAGUUAUCGCGCAUCCACUCGCGCGCCCAGCCAGCACAGCAGCGCGACAACCAGCGUUUCGGCUAAAAGCUUCUUGCGCCGCUUACUCGGCGGCGAGAACACGUCGUUCAACAUCGGCAAGUCCACCGUCGACAAGCAAUCCCGCCCUGGCUCCAUCGCCGGAAGCGGUGGUGCCCACGGCGGCGGCAGCGGCAGCCUGUACUCAAGCGGCUACUCCUCUGGUACCGGCGGCAAUGACUCCUCAACUCCGCCGCGGAGCGCAUCCGGCUCCGGCAGCCAGUCCCCCAGCCGCUGGAGCAUUGGUCUGGCCAAGCCGUUCACUCCGGGCCAACCGCUCGAAAUCCGCUGCCACUUGAACGUGCAGAACAACCGCUGGGCUGACAAGGGCGACUGCAUCCUGCACAUUGGCCGUCCUCCCCCGGGCGUACGCCAGGAGCUAUCGCUCUACCACGGCCUAGAGAAACGCAUCAUCGUGACACACGCCACCAAGAAGGUUUCUGACAAGCCCCUCAUUUUGUUAGAUGCCGUGCUGGGAUCUAAAUCCUUCAGCAUGCUGGGAACAAAGGGCAUCAUGUGCAGCGUCUGGGAGAAUCUGCGAGACGAGGAAGGAAACGUCGGUCUAGCACCCCGCACGGGAAGGGUCGCUGGCAAGGUGACCAAGUGGUGCUUCCAAUGCAAGAGCGUGCAGCAGGCCAACUGGGUCUUUGGCAUGGUCACGAGCGAGGUGGAGGGGUUGCUGCUCUAGGCGAUGCAUCAUCCCCCGAACCUGAAUCUGGAUCUGAAUCUGAAUCUGGAGCCCGUCUUGGAAGAAGAUAUGGAGGAGAGCAGUAGUGGAAGUGGAAGUGGAGGCGGCGGGUGUAGUAGUAGUAGUAGUAACGGCAGUGGUAACGAGAGGUAUCUUGGCUACAUGCCAAUUCCAUCGCCACAGGUGGUGCGGGAUGAAAGGAGGAAAGAAA